AUGGCCUCGCAAGUGCAAGUCUUCUCCCCCCACACUCUCCAGUCAAGUGCCUUCUUUAGCGUAAAGAAACUGAAGGUGGAGCAAAGUUGUAACUGGGAUAUGACCGGGUACGGCACGCACAACAAAGUCUACAGCCACAACAGCAGUAAGAACGUGUCGGCCGCCAGCGGGCCCCUGGGAAUCAACAGCUCCACGCUGCCCUACGAACAGGCGCUCAUCUUUCCUGCCAGCGUGGGCCACAUUGUCGUGGCCUCAGCCAGCAGCACUUCUGGAGCAGUGGGCUCUCUCUUGGGCAGUGGCGGUGGAGGUAGCAGCAGCAACAGCAGCACUGGAGGUGGCAGCGCGCUCCACAACCUGACGCGGCGCAGCACUGUCAGUCUCUUAGACACCUACCAGAGAUGUGGGCUUAAGCGCAAGAGCGAGGAGCUUGACAACAACAGCAGCGUGCAGAUCAUCGAGGAGCACGGCCCACCCAUGAUCCAUAACGGAGCGGCCAGUGGGGCCACAGUAGCCACAGCCGCCACUGCCACCUCCACAGCCACCUCCAAGAACAGUGGCUCCAACAACGAGGGGGACUAUCAGCUGGUGCAGCACGAGGUGCUCUGCUCAAUGACCAACACAUACGAGGUGUUGGAGUUCCUGGGCCGAGGUACGUUCGGACAGGUGGUCAAGUGUUGGAAGAGGGGCACCAAUGAGAUUGUUGCAAUCAAAAUCUUGAAGAACCACCCAUCAUACGCACGGCAGGGUCAGAUCGAGGUCAGCAUCCUGGCACGUCUGAGCACAGAGAGCGCAGACGACUACAACUUUGUGAGGGCCUACGAGUGCUUCCAGCACAAGAACCACACGUGCCUGGUUUUUGAGAUGCUGGAGCAGAAUCUGUACGAUUUCCUCAAACAGAACAAGUUCAGCCCUCUCCCGCUCAAGUACAUCAGACCUGUGCUGCAGCAGGUGGCCACAGCGCUCAUGAAACUCAAGAGUCUGGGCCUGAUCCACGCGGACCUGAAGCCAGAGAACAUCAUGCUGGUGGAUCCGUCCAGACAGCCGUACAGGGUCAAGGUCAUCGACUUCGGUUCAGCCAGCCACGUAUCCAAAGCUGUGUGCUCCACCUACCUACAGUCCAGAUACUACAGGUAG